AUGUCCCGCCCAGCAGAAAAACCCCAGUUCUACAACUACGACCCAUCUCUCGCCGCAGCCAUCAUCUUCACCAUAGCUUUCACCUUCAUCACUGGGUUCUCCACCUACCAGUUCUACAAAGCAUUCACCCACCCAGCAGCCUCCAAACUAGACAAAAAACGUACCCUUAUCAUCAUUCCGUUUCUUCUAGGAGGCCUCUGUGAAAUCAUAGGAUGUAUAGGAAGAUGUGUUUCUUCACAGGAUGUGGAGGCUAAGGAUCCGUUUAUCAUGCAAGCGGUGCUUUUGCUUGUGGCUGCUGCUCUUUUUGCAGCCACUAUUUAUAUGAUUUUGGGCAGAGUGAUUGCCAUGUUGAACAGUGCUCAUCAGUCGUUGGUUCCAGUAAAGUGGUUGACGAAAAUCUUUGUUUUAGGUGAUGUUAUUUCGUUUUUCAUGCAAGGAAUCGGAGCUUCUGUUCGUGCUGCUGACCAGAGUAAGGCUGAUAUUUCAGAACGAAUCAUUAUUGCUGGUUUGUUUGUGCAAAUUGCAUUUUUUGGCGUUUUCAUGGUCGUGACGGCGCUUUUCCAGUGGAAAAUAUGGAAAACCCCGUGUCCUGAAGCCCAGGCGUUGAGGUUCACCCCGUCAAAGUGGUUCAACUGGCAAAUGCUUCUUUAUACGCUUUUUGCAUGCUCCUUGUUGAUUCUCGUGAGGUGUAUAAUUAGAGCGGUUGAGUAUAUCGAGGGCUACGACGGGUACUUGAUUUCGAACGAGGUGUUUCUAUACACUUUGGACCUUUUGUUGAUGUUUAUCAAUAUGGUCUUGUUGUGCUGGCAGGAUGUGUGUGGGUACUUUGCCGAGGUUGGGCCGGUUUCCAGAGAUGAGAAGUUGUUGGAGGGGUCUGGAGGGGGAGUUAUGGAAGGUGAUCCGUUUAAGGAUGAGACAGAAGUGGGAAGUGGUGGUGUGAAGCCAGUGGAGCUGUGA